GUCUGUCUGUUGUCUGACUGUUACCUAUCUGUUGUCUGUCUGUUGUCUGUCUGUUGUCUGACUGUUACCUAUCUGUUGUCUGUCUGUUGUCUGACUGUUACCUAUCUGUUGUCUGUCUGUUGUCUGACUGUUGUCUGACUGUUACCUAUCUGUUGUCUGUCUGUUGUCUGACUGUUACCCAUCUGUUGUCUGUCUGUUGUCUGACUGUUGUCUGACUGUUACCUAUCUGUUGUCUGACUGUUACCCAUCUGUUGUCUGUCUGUUGUCUGACUGUUACCCAUCUGUUGUCUGUCUGUUGUCUGACUGUUACCUAUCUGUUGUCUGUCUGUUAUCUGACUGUUACCCAUCUGUUGUCUGUCUGUUAUCUGACUGUUACCUAUCUGUUGUCUGUCUGUUAUCUGACUGUUACCUAUCUGUUGUCUGUCUGUUGUCUGACUGUUGUCUGACUGUUACCUAUCUGUUGUCUGACUGUUACCCAUCUGUUGUCUGUCUGUUGUCUGACUGUUGUCUGACUGUUACCCAUCUGUUACCUAUCUGUUGUCUGUCUGUUGUCUGACUGUUACCCAUCUGUUGUCUGUCUGUUGUCUGACUGUUACCUAUCUGUUGUCUGACUGUUGUCUGACUGUUACCUAUCUGUUGUCUGUCUGUUGUCUGACUGUUACCUAUCUGUUGUCUGACUGUUGUCUGACUGUUACCUAUCUGUUGUCUGUCUGUCUCUCAGAGUGAGUGCUGUCCCUGCCGUCCGUCUGUCUCUCCUCAUCUUCUUCGUGGUUUCACAGGGACGAUGGGCAGGCUGGUGAAGCGGUGGAGCUUGAAACACAGAUUGGCUCCGCCCCCCUGCCUUUCCCCCACCACCUGACAUCUCACCUGUUGCUCACCUGGACACAGGAGACUGACAUCCUGGACUAAGACCAACUGAAUACAAACACAAGCCUCAGAGACAAAGAGGGUGGGAGGCUCCUCCCACCCUCCUGCUGAUCGACCAAUUGACUGACGGAUGGAUGGGAUGGAAAGCUCUUGAGGUUGAUGGACUCCUGGUGCAUUUUGGGGGAGAAAAAAGUUGUUUGUGAUCAAGGUCACAGAGGAGUCAAUAUCUGCUGCCCCACAUUUCAACAGUGAGUCCGAGUCCAGGACUGUUAGCCUAGCUACGCACAAAGACUGGAAGCAGUGAGUAACUAUAAGCCUAGCUUAGCAGAAACAUUGAUGAAAACUGUUAGCUCAGCUGUCUGAGCUUCAUAACAUAAGUUGUUUAUUAUGUCAGUUUGCGAAAAUCAGCUGUUGUAAAUAUUAGUUACCUAAUGAACGGUUUAAACCCUGAUCAGCUGCGUUCGGUGACACGAUUUUUCUCUGUAUUGUCAAAAUUAAAACUCAUUCACUUUUCUGCCAAGGAAGUUUUUCUCUUUAUUUCUUUUCCUGUUGAAUUUUUGCAUUUUCCAGCUGAGAUAUCACAGAUCACAGAACCUCUUUGGUUUUGCUUUAUGGUUCUAUUUAUGGAGAGAUCAUGCAAAUAACUAAUUAAAGUGAGUCUCCUUUAAUGAGCUUCAGAAAUCUUAAUGACUGAAAACUGACUGAGAUCCAUUUAAAAAUAUUCAUUAUCAUUGAAACUUUCUUCUGCGUUGAUACAAGGAAACAAAAGAAGAAGUUUGACAUUCAGACCGUCAAUGUUGGAAACAUGUUUUAUUAAAGUCAUCACGCUGACUUUACAGGACGUCACUAGAAACGUGACGAAGUGUGACCCUGUUUUCACUAAAGUUAAAAGCUCAUUAACCUCAGGGUGUUAAUGAUGAUCCACAUUAAACUGCAACAGUUGGGUCACAUCUGGUCCAGAUGUUGAUUUAUCCUCUAAAUGCAGACAGUUAAUGGAUCAGUCUGAGGUCCAAUCAAUGAUCCUCCGUCAUCAUCGGUCAGACCAUCGGGACAUAAAGAGCUGCAGACGGACACACGAGUCCACAGAGAGACGAUUCACUGAACAGCCAACAUCCAGCCGACCUCCAGCCGACAUCUUGCCAACCUCCAGCCGACAUCCAGCCGAACUCCAGCCGACAUCUUGCCAACCUCCAGCCGACAUCCUGCCGUCCUCCAGCCGACAUUCAGCCGACAUCUAGCCAACCUCCAGCUGCAGCAAUGAGUCAUCACCAGCCCACCAGCUCCUCCUCUCUCUGCUCUGUGGGAGAAAACUGCUCCUUCCUCCAGACCAACCGCCAUCACCAUGUCAGAACGUCGAAGCUGCUCCAUCUGCCUGGCCACACCCCCACACACCAAUCCCACCUGCAGCCUCACCUGUUUCCCACCGUGGAUGUGCCUGACCACGCCCACUACAUUAUUGGCUCUGUCAUCCUGUUGGUGGGGGUGACAGGCAUGCUGGGAAACACUCUGGUCAUUUACGUGUUCUGUCGCAGUCGGACGCUGCGAUCGCCCAGUAACCUGCUGGUGGUCAACCUGGCGGUGGCCGACUUCCUGAUGUCUCUGACGCAGUCUCCGGUCUUCUUCGUGGCCAGUCUCCACCAUCGCUGGGUGUUCGGGGAGCUCGCCUGCGAGCUGUACGCCUUCUGCGGCGCUCUGUUCGGCAUCACCUCCAUGAUGACGCUGACCGCCAUCGCGAUGGACCGCUGCCUCACCAUCACGCGGCCUCUGGCCCUGCGGGGCGGGGUGAGUCGGCGGCGGGUGUUGGCGGUGCUAGCGGCUGUGUGGUUGUACUCUCUGGGCUGGAGUCUGCCGCCGUUCUUCGGGUGGAGCGCUUACGUCCCUGAGGGCCUGCAGACGUCGUGCAGCUGGGACUACAUGAGCUUCACGGCUACCGUGCGCACCUACACCAUCCUGUUGUUCGCCUUCGUCUUCUUCAUCCCACUCGCCCUCAUUGCCGGGUGCUACUUCGCCAUCUUCCAGGUGGUGCGGCGGGCGGGGCGGGAGAUGAAGCGGCUCAGCUGUGGAGAGACCAACAAGGCGCACGAACGUCUGCGCAGCGAGUGGCGGAUGGCGAAAGUGGCUCUGGGAGUGAUCCUGCUGUUCGUGCUGUCCUGGUCUCCGUACUCUGCGGUCGCUCUGACCGCCACUGCCGGCUACGCCCACCUGCUGACUCCAUAUAUGAACUCAGUCCCUGCAGUCAUCGCCAAGGCCUCCGCUAUCCACAACCCCAUCAUCUACGCCAUCACACACCCAAAGUACCGAGCUGCCAUCGGCCGCUACGUCCCGCUGCUGCGUGCCGUGCUGCGGCUGCAGGAGAAGGACCUGCGCUCCUCCUUCAGCUCGAGUGGCACCUCAUCUCCCCGGGCCACGCUCACCGAGCAGGGCUCGGCGGGAGUCCGGCUCAGCAUCGGCGCGCGGACUAAUGGCCGCUGGGGUAAGAGCCGGCUGUCGUCGGUGUCUGACAGCGAGUCCUGCUGGACGGAGAGUGAAGCUGACGGAUCAACGGCCUCCACCCGACACAUGUUUAUAGAUGUAGCUGCUGACCCCUCCAACACCAAGACCAGCAGCUCCAGCAGCUCCGCCCUGCUCAACCAGCACAGCCCACAGAAAACAGCAGCACCCCACACGGACUCACCUGACCGGGACUCACCUGACGGGGGCGCUGUGACGGAGGGGAAUCCUCUGCUGCUUCCUCCGUGACACCUGACCUAGAAAAACACAAAGAAGAAAGUGAAGCGUCGUCAUGGUUACAUGUUUGUGUUGUUUGGUCGUUGAAGAGAAACUGAAAUGAUCCUGUCUGAUGAAGCCUCUGUUGACUUUAUUGAUUAUAGAUUGGUCAGCAUCGUUAGCAGCUGACUGACAAUGAUCAGCUGGAUCAGGUUUUAAUGGAGGUUCAUGUUUCAUUAACUUUAGUUUGAUUUAUUUAUACCUUCUUCCGUCCUCUCCCACCUUCUCAUUUCCUUUCUUAUCUCCUUCUUACAUCCUUCCAUCCUGUCCUCCUUCACCUCCUACAUUCCUUCCUCACAUCCUUCUUUCGAUGCCUCCUUGUUUCCUCUCUUUCCCUUUUUUAUUCCUUCGCUCCUUCCAUCCUUUCCUUCCUCCAUCUCAGGAGUUGUAAUCACCUGUUGGUCAGUCGGCUGCUAAAUUUGAUUAACGUGGGUGUUCUGCUGACGUCACCGUUUCAUGUUGUUGUAUAUUGUUGUACAAUCUCAGUUGACUGUUGCUAAUGUAAAGCUGCUGUCAAUAAAGCUUCAGUGGAUUGAAUGUAACCUGUUAAUCAGAUUAGCAGUGCGUCUGUUAGCAGUUAGCAGAUAAGCUCUGUCUGUUAAUCUCCUCCAUCAGUCAACAUGUUGGACACGAGGAACAGAGUCCGUCUCUCAGGUAUGUCUUCACCAAACUCUUUCCUCUGAUUCUGCAGAGACUCGAUAACCUGCAGGAAAUGAAGGGUUAAUGAAGUUCAUGUUAAUGACUUCCUGUGAUAAACAGACAUGAGAGACAGCUGAUGUAAACACAAUCAGCUGUUUUACAGCAGAGGGUUCAGACCUCAAUUCCUCCAUGUCUGCAUGUCUUUAACAAAAUUCAUUUUGUUUGCUGUCCGCCAUCUUUGUGUGUGUGUGUGUGUGUGUGUGUGUGUUGUCAGUGCUGCUGUGUGUGUCGCUGGUGGCGGCCUUCGUGGAUGAGCUGGAUGACUCGUGAGUACAAACAUCCUGUUUUCAGUCGUCACUUCAACUUUAUUAAAUCAUUAAUAAACAUUCAGUCCAGGUCCAUUUAGUAGCUGUUCUGGAGCUUUUGACUGAAUCACAUGAUUCCUGUCACUGAGUUGUAGAUGUUUAAUGUUAAUGUUUUCUUCUGUGGAUGAGGUUCAUGUGAUGUGAUCAAAAGCUCCAGAGCAGCCACUGACUGGAUGUGUUAAGGUGUUAAUAAAACUACCGCUGUUCUGUUUUGUCCCCUCUGAGCCUCCGUAUGGCUGCUGCUUUCUCAUCUUUUCAUUUUAUUCUGAAGUUUUGUUGUUUCCUGCUUCUUUUAAAUUAUCACACAGCAACUUUUAUUUUGAUGAGUAAAUAAUUAGCGUGAUUGUGUUGAACAGCUUCAUGGAAACCAGAGGAGCUGAUGACAUCUGGCUCAUUAAAGUAUGUGUCAUUAUUUAAUUAUGAUUGUUAUUAAAAUAAACUCUUUAUAUUCAA